GUGUAAGAGCAGUAGCACAGCUUUAGACAGGACCUUCUGAGCUUCAUAGUUAUAUGACAAGAUGUGUUUUUUGUCUUGUUACCAUCAAGAUUCAGAAACAGGGAGAAAAAAGUGGCAGGUGAGGACAUGACUGUUUAUAACAUGAACUAACUUGCUUUGCAGGUGGAGCUAUAAAUGGAUUAAAAGUACAAUGUCAUUCUUAAAUCGAUACAAAAGCUGUAACGUGUUGGCAAAAUCCCUGUGGGAUAAGAUGAACGUCUCGGUCAGGCAUGCUACUGGGAAAAUGACCAACGUCAAUGUAUCAAAAUGUUGAUGACCGUCAGAGAAUGCGUCAUUGCUUACUGAAACAGGAAGGGAAGAAGACUGAAAGAUUCAAGUAGAUGAGAGCUGGUUUAAAGGGAAUUUAAUACGCACAGUUUCAGCCAAUCUCAUGUUAAUCGUGACUACCUAUAGAGUAGUAUUACCUCAUUUAUAUCUCCAAAAAUGUUUAGAUUUAGCAGAUUUAUAAAAGAAAGACACAGCUUUAUCUACAGCUAACUAUCAGAUCCAGCCAUACAUAUUUGUUCCAGAAUCGGAUAGAGUUUGAAACUGAACAUCAAGAACAACAGCAGCAACAACGACUACGGCUGGACGUGUCUAUUUGCUUCUCUAGGUCUCUCAGAUGAGCAAAAAGAGUUCCAGAAAGUGGCGUUCGAUUUCGCCGCCAAUGAAAUGGCACCACACAUGGCACAAUGGGACGAGAAAGAAAUCUUUCCUGUGGAAACCAUGAGAAAAGCUGCCCAGCUCGGGUUUGGGGGAAUUUACGUGCAGCCGGAUGUCGGAGGCUCGGGACUGUCUCGCCUCGAUACGUCCAUUAUAUUUGAAGCGCUGUCCACCGGCUGCGCGAGCACCACUGCCUAUAUCAGCAUUCAUAAUAUGUGCGCCUGGAUGAUCGACAAGUUCGGCAAUAAUGAGCAGAGAGAGAAGUACUGUCCCGAUCUCUGCUCCAUGGAGAAGUUUGCGUCCUACUGCCUGACUGAGCCUGGGAGUGGAAGUGACGCAGCGUCGCUGUUGACCAGCGCAAAGCUGCAAGGAGACCAUUACAUUCUGAAUGGCUCUAAGGCCUUCAUCAGUGGCGGAGGGGACACAGAUGUGUAUGUAGUGAUGUGCCGUACCGGUGGGAAGGGCCCCAAAGGCAUCUCCUGCCUGGUGGUGGAGAAGGGAACUCCAGGACUCAGUUUUGGUAAAAAGGAGAAAAAGGUCGGUUGGAACUCGCAGCCCACGAGAGCAGUGAUAUUUGAAGACUGUGCAGUUCCGUUGACGAAUCGUUUGGGAGUAGAGGGACAGGGCUUCAACAUUGCCAUGCUUGGCCUUAAUGGUGGCAGAAUCAACAUUGCUUCCUGCUCUCUAGGAGCUGCUCACGCGUCCGUCCUGCUGGCCCGAGAUCACAUCCGUGUGCGCAAACAGUUCGGGGAACCCCUCGCCAACAGCCAGUUCCUGCAGUUUAAGCUCGCUGAAAUGGCCACGAAGCUGGUAGCAUCUCGGUUGAUGGUACGUCAGGCGGCUGUUGCUCUGCAGGAGAACAGACCAGACGCAGUGGCACUCUGCUCCAUGGCAAAGCUCUUUGCCACUGAUGAAUGCUUUGCUAUAUGUAACCAGGCUCUGCAGAUGCACGGGGGAUACGGCUACCUCAAGGACUACGCGGUUCAACAGUUCGUUCGUGAUAUCCGAGUGCAUCAGAUACUAGAAGGAACCAAUGAAGUGAUGAGGAUGAUCAUUUCCAGAAAUUUACUGACCGAGUCUUGAUCCUGAAAUCCGGACUUUGAGCCCAUCAUGAACUCUGUUACAGUAGAAGGCACUAAUCGGCAACGACUCGCGUAAGGAGUGAAGCUCGACGGAAUCAUGCUGAUCGUUAUUAGAGAUGCGCUAUACAGACCUGACCAUGUGCGUUCCAAACAUCCCAGUUCACUUUUAGUCCCUAUUUAAUGUUUUGCAUUAAAGGCGUUUAAUUGAGUUGAGUUUAGAGCUCAGGUCACCAGGCACCCAAAGACAUUCUAUACAACCGUGUACUUCUAACGUUCUGCUAACAGUUUUGGGACGAAUCACAUGUGACAGGAAAAGUCAGGUGUCCCAAUACUUUGGUCCAUAUAAUGUAUGUAAAAAAAUUUUUGUUGUAUAGUCACGGUUACGUAAACUGCUCUUUACAUAACAAAUUUCCCGUGAAGAAAUUCACCCAGGUGGUUGGAGCAUUCAGUAGGCUACUUUCCAAAUCUUUUGUAGAAGGGAUGUGCAGUCAUUGUGAACAAAAAAAAAACACUAUAGUUAUUUCACGACUUUCUGAGGUGUCAAAACCACAAAGAAAAUAAAAUGUUUAUUAGAUAUGUGCGGCAUAUGAAAAGGUUUUAGGCUCAUGAUAAUUUCAAUAGAUAAUAAACACUUUAUUAAUAAACACAUCA